CCCGUGCGUCGUAGCCAUGGCAACAAGGGAGUGCCUCUGACGUGUGGCGGCUUUUCCGGGAAGAUGGCGGCUGUCGAAGUAGCUGCAGAGCCGGUAACGGUGGUGGCGGCCGUGGGACCAAAGGCGAAGGACGAAGAGGAGGAAGAGGAGGAGUCCCUGCCGCCGUGCGAGGCGGUGCGCUGGGCCCCGGUGGGGGCGGUGGCCGAGGCCGGGCCUGGGGCGACUGCGUUCUCGGAAGAGGCGGCUGCCGAGGACCCCGGCGCGGCCCCGGGCUCCCCGCCCGACUCUCCGGGCCGGACACUGCGGCGGCUGCGGGCCGAGCGUCGGCGGCUGGACUCGGCGCUGCUCGCGCUGUCCUCGCACUUCGCGCAGGUGCGGUUCCGCUUGCGCAGUGUGCGCGGGGCGCCGGCCGAGCAGCAGCGCCUCCUGCGCGAGCUCGAGGACUUCGCCUUCCGCGGCUGCCCUCACGUCCUGGGUUACGGGGAGCCCGGGGACCCCGCCUGCGACGAGAGCGACGGGCUGCCGGGGGACCGGCCACGGUUGCGGGGCGAGGACCAGAGUGAGCAGGAGAAACGAGAACGUCUGGAAACCCAAAGGGAGAAGCAGAAGGAACUGAUACUGCAGCUCAAAACCCAACUAGAUGAUCUGGAAACAUUUGCCUAUCAAGAGGGCAAUUAUGAUUCCCUACCACAGUCUGUGGUCCUGGAAAGACAGCGGGUGAUCAUAGAUGAAUUAAUAAAGAAACUGGACAUGAAUCUGAAUGAGGACAUCAGUUCACUGUCUACUGAAGAGCUUCGGCAACGUGUCGAUGCAGCUGUGGCUCAGAUUGUAAAUCCAGCCCGAGUGAAAGAACAGUUGGUUGAGCAGCUGAAAACUCAGAUCCGAGAUCUUGAGAUGUUUAUCAACUUCAUCCAAGAUGAAGUGGGAAACCCAUUGCAGACAGAUAAUGGACACUGUGAGUGCAAGGCCAGUGGGAAGACAGGGAACGGCUCCACCAGAACUGGCAGCAGCAAACUGCCUCCAAGAAACAGCAAACCAAAGGCGGAAGAUGUGAAGAAAGUCCGGGAGACGGGGCUGCACCUGAUGCGGCGAGCACUGGCAGUGCUCCAGAUCUUCGCUGUUAGCCAGUUUGGUUGUGCCACAGGCCACAUCCCACAAACCCUGUGGCCAACAGGCCAGGCUGACAGGGACUACUCUCCCUUACUGAAGAGGCUGGAGGUGUCAGUAGACAGAGUGAAGCAGCUAGCCUUAAGGCAACAGCCUUACGGCCACGUCAUCACCUCUGCCAACCUCCAGGACCUCUGUCAGGGGGGCAAGGACGAGCUGACUACAGCUGUGCGAAAGGAGCUGACAGUGGCCAUGAGGGACCUGCUGGCCCAUGGACUGUAUGCCUCCUCACCAGGGAUGAGCCUCGUCAUGGCCCCCAUUGCUUGUUUGCUGCCGGCCUUCUCCUCGGCCCCCGAGGCCAUGCAUCCCUGGGAGCUCUUUGUAAAGUACUACCAUGCUAAGAAUGGCCGUGCUUACGUGGAAUCCCCAGCCCGGAAGCUCUCCCAGUCCUUUGCCCUGCCUGUUAUGGGAGGCACUGCUAUGACUCCCAAACAGAGUCUACUGACAGCCAUCCAUAUGGUGCUGACAGAGCAUGACCCUUUUAAGCGCAGUGCAGACUCAGAGUUGAAGGCCUUGGUGUGCAUGGCACUGAAUGAGCAGCGUCUCGUGUCCUGGGUGAACCUUAUCUGCAAGUCGGCAUCACUCAUCGAGCGCCACUACCAGCCCUGGAGCUACAUGGCGCACACAGGCUUUGAGAGUGCCCUCAACCUGCUCAGUCGCCUCAGCAGCCUCAAGUUCAGCCUCCCUGUCGACCUGGCUGUGCGCCAGCUCAAGAACAUCAAAGAUGCCUUUUGAUGAUAGUGCACUAGCCCUACCCCAGCACAUUUUUCAGUAAAGAUAGGUGGUUAGGCUUCUAAGAUAGGAACAGAGAGUAGGAGGAAGGGUUAAAGAUGUUUCCCCUAGCCAAAUGACUGCAAAGUCAGUUUUAUUUAAAGGUUCUUCCCUGGUGUGUAACCACAGUGUACCUGUGGCACAUACGUUUGAGCCUAUGGAAAAGAAAUUAGUCAUGGCACAUGGUUAAUGCACCAACACUCAUGCCAGGUAUAAAUUUUAGGAAAUCCAAGUUUCUCUAACUAUUCUCUUUAUGACAGUGAGUGGCAUUAUGAGUGAGUUGUUAGUCCUGAAAGAAUUAGACUUGAGAUUCGUAUUGGUUAAGUUGGGAGCCAAGGUUCAGGGGAGGUUGUGUAUAUUCCAUAGCUGCCUCCAAACUAGGAAUGGGAAUAAUCUGAGAAUAGCAUUUCUAAGGGAGUUAACCACAAGUUAAUUUUAAUAUGAUCCCUUUAAGAAUUGAAGUCUGUUCCGGACAAGGUGGUCCUCUUCACACAGCACAGACAAUAUUUUUGUUUUGUUUUGGAGAGGACUGUUUAUAAAGAAUGACAACCAUUGACUGGUUCCAUGUCCUCUGGCAACCUCCCAAGGACAUGCUGACAGUGUUCUGAGAAGUAGACGUGUUAGAAGUAUACUUCUCAAGAGAGCCCUUGCCACUGAAUCAAGUGUGGAUAGGAAAACACAUCAGUGACCAGCAGCAACUUCUGGGCUGUGAUUCCCUUGUCUUGGAGGCUGGAUGGUGGAGGAGGUCUGAUCAUGUGAUAAGUACUACAGCGGGGGUGGGAAAUAUGGCAGAUUGCUGUUGAACACUUCAUUGUAAAACUGACUCUAGAGCAGCCCAGUUUGGUCCUCAAUAUUUUAGCCUGUUUAGUUUCUAUGUCAUUCAGCCUGCAUACUACUCCAGGACUGACCAAAGAUGGGCAAAUUGUAUCACUUUCUAGAAAACCAAAUGAGUUCCCAACACUACUGAUUCAGCAUUGUUUCAUGUAUUAAAUUGGCAGCUGCACUUUAUGUCUGCACUAUUACAUAGUGCAUUUUAACUUAAUUUUUCCAGCAACAUGUUAUUUAAGAUGUAUUGUUGAGAAUUCAUUAGAAUUAGUUCUCCUGUGUGAAGCAGAAUAAAUGUAUGAUGUUGUGGAAAAUGAUAUAUCUGUGGUUGCUAAUAAAAUCUAGUAUUUUGUGUAGAUUCUCUGUAA